CAAUUUGGUGGCGCUUUCCAGAGUGAGGAAAACGAAAAAAUGAUAAGCGACUUGCUGUGCAAGAAAAAUGCAGAAACAUGUAAAACUAUACACGAUCUUGCGACCAUGUUUGUCACUAUGGCAACAGAGGUGGUGCCAACGAGCUACAGCUGCAACUUCUGUUAAGCCGUUUCUUUACCAAGACAUAUGGCAACCGGUUAAAGCAGAUUCGACAAGCUUUAGAAAACUCACAGAUAAACAUGUUUCAACGGUUGAGUUUGGAGGAAGGAAAAUUCUUAAAGUUGAUCCGGAAGCUUUGACAUUGUUGACCUCGCAGGCUAUGGUGGACAUUGCACAUUUGCUCCGGCCAGCUCAUCUCACGCAAUUAAGGAAGAUCUUAGAUGAUCCAGAAGCAUCAAGCAAUGAUAAGUUUGUAGCAUUGGAACUGCUAAAGAAUGCUAGUAUUGCCGCUGACAUGGUGCUUCCUGGCUGUCAGGAUACAGGCACUGCAAUUGUCAUGGGUAAACGAGGUCAGAAUGUCUGGACUGAUGAAAAUGAUGAGGAACACAUUUCAAGAGGUGUUUAUAAUACCUACACACAAAGGAACCUCAGGUAUUCACAGGUAUCACCUGUGGACAUGUUCAAAGAGGUGAACACUGGCACCAACCUACCUGCACAGGUAGAGAUAUACGCCACACCUGGUAAUGAAUAUCACUUCCUGUUUAUUGCCAAGGGAGGUGGCUCGGCAAAUAAAACGUUCCUGUACCAGCAAACCAAAGCGCUACUGAAUCCAGAGAAACUUACACAGUUCAUCAACGAGAAAAUUAAGACAAUAGGCACGGCAGCUUGUCCACCAUAUCAUCUCGCAUUAGUAAUUGGGGGCUUAUCAGCUGAGAUGACACUCAAGACUGUUAAACUGGCCUCGACAAAAUACUUGGACAAUCUUCCAACGAAUGGUGGUGAGGUUGGACGUGCCUUCAGGGACUUGGAGAUGGAGGAGCAGGUACAAACGCUUAGUCAGAAGAUGGGCAUCGGUGCGCAGUUUGGUGGCAAGUACUUCUGUCAUGAUGUGCGGGUGAUUCGCCUGCCACGCCAUGGUGCUUCUUGCCCGGUUGGUCUGGGAGUCUCCUGCUCUGCUGACAGACAAGUGAAGGGUAAGAUUACAGAGGAAGGUGUAUUUUUAGAACAACUUGAGACUAAUCCUAGCCAGUACUUACCAGAAAUAUCCAUGGAAGAUCUCAGUGAUGAUGUUGUUAAGGUGAAUUUGAAUCAACCAAUGAGCAGUAUUCUUAGUACUUUAAGCCAGUAUCCAAUCAGAACACGUCUUAGUUUGACCGGAACUCUGGUAGUUGCAAGAGAUAUUGCACAUGCUAAGCUGCAGGAGAGGAUUAAUAGUGGCGAAGGUCUGCCUCAGUACAUUAAGGAUCAUCCGGUUUACUAUGCAGGACCAGCCAAAACACCAGAGGGUUAUGCUUCUGGGUCGUUUGGUCCAACCACCGCUGGACGGAUGGAUUCAUACGUGGACAGUUUCCAGGCAGCAGGCGGCUCAAUGGUCAUGUUAGCUAAAGGCAACAGGAGUAAACAAGUAACAAAAGCGUGCAAAACCCAUGGAGGAUUUUACCUCGGAUCUAUAGGAGGCCCCGCAGCUAUAUUAGCAAAGAACUGCAUCAAAAAAGUUGAACAGCUUGAGUAUCCUGAGCUAGGCAUGGAAGCUGUCUGGAGAGUUGAAGUCAAAGACUUCCCAGCAUUCAUAGUUGUUGAUGAUAAAGGAAAUGACUUCUUUAAAGAGUGGCAGGUUUAACAAAAACUUAUUAACAUAAUACAUAUAUUAUUACUAAACAAGUGUUUUAGUAAUUUUUAUUUAAAGACCAUUUGCAAUGUUAGUUUCUGAUAGUCUUUGUUUUUGUUAAUAUAUGCAGAUAACAAUGGUAUUCAAUACGAAUAGUACAGAUCCAUUGGCAGGUAAAAAGGUGGCAAAUGGGUUUGACUUCCCAACUGCAGUCUCCCUUGUCCCUCAAUAGAGAAGUAGACCAACCAACCCUCCCUCAUCCCUCGGCAGAAAGAAUGUGAAGAGUGCUUUGUUAUGUAACACUUUCCUCACUCUCAGCUUUCCUUUAUGGCUUGAAAUGAAAGACAUAGUAGGGUGCUUUUGAUUGCACAACGUCGGUAGGACGUAGAAUGUAAUGACAUCACUAAAAGUCACCUGCACAUGCAAGAACGCAUGUUUUCCUUGUCGAGUGGAUUCUUGGACAUAAUUUAGCCAAAUUUACAUAUGCAGAGAAUGCAGGACGCCCGGUAGGACGGUCACGCAUGAGUGAUCCCGUUCUAGCAUCGCCUCGUCGCAAAAGCUCCCUAUUAAGCACCUGGUAAUUCCGAAAGAAUAGUAGAAAAGAUAAGAAAGUAUAAUACAUACUCCAAGUAUUGAAAUACACGCCAUCGUGUUGGGAUUCAAUAU